AUGUGCGGCAGAUAUGCCAUGGCCCUACGGCCCUCCCAAGUCCGCCAAAUGCUCCAAAACGACUACGACCUCCAAGUCGAUGACACCCCCGCCGACGAAGGCGACGGCGCCCCCCGCCAAUCUUACAACUUUGCCCCAGGCUACAACGGGGUAGUCUACCGCGCCGACGCCGGUGCUGGUCAUAAUCAUCACCAGGCACUGGAUGAACCACAAGAACAAGACUACUCCCCCACCCCAGCCUUCAAACUCCAAUCCAUGAAAUGGGGCCUCAUCCCCUCCUGGAUCAAAUCCAGCCCCUCUUUUCCCUCCACCCUCAAAACAAUAAACUGCCGCGAUGACUCUCUCGCCCAGUCAGGGGGUAUGUGGGCGAGCAUGAAGUCCAAAAAGAGGUGCGCGGUUAUUGCGCAGGGGUUUUACGAGUGGCUUCAGAAAGGCAAGGAAAAGAUUCCGCAUUAUGUCAAGAGGAAAGAUGGGAGGUUGAUGCUUUUGGCUGGCUUGUGGGAUUGUGCUUCUCUCCCGCCGUUGAAUGGAGAGGGGGAGGGGGAGACAAGGAAGGUGUGGAGUUAUACUAUUAUCACCACUUCGUCGAAUGAUCAGUUGAGGUUCUUGCAUGACAGGAUGCCUGUUAUUCUUGACGCGGAGUCGGAGAGGUUGAGGGUUUGGUUGGAUUUGGGGAGGAGGGAGUGGAGUAAGGAGUUGCAGGGGGUGUUGAGGCCGUAUGAGGGGGAGCUGGAGGUUUAUCCUGUUAGUAAGGAGGUGGGCAAGGUUGGGAAUGACGAUGCUGUUUUUGUAGUGCCGGUGGGGAGUAGGGAGAAUAAGGGGAAUAUUGAGAAUUUCUUUGCGAAUGCUGCGGCGAAGAGUAAGAAGAGGGAGCCGUUGAAAGGGGAGGUGGAGGUGGAGAUGGUGGAUGGGGGGAAAGAGGUGAAGAGUGUGGAGGAGGUGAAGAGGGAGGAUGAGGAGGGGAUGGGGGUUGUAGUGACAGAGGGAAAGCAAGGGGUGAAAAGAGAAACGGAGGAUCAUGCGGAAGAGGAGCCACCGGGUAAGAAAGUGAAAGAGGAGGGUUCACCAAGCAAGAAUGUCAAAGAAGAGGGGCCGGUGAAGUGGGAAUCGCCUGUCAAAGAGAGACCAAAGAUCAGUGCGACGAGUAACAAGCACACGAGGAGCCCAGAGAAGAAGAAGGGCAAGGUUGCGCCAGCGGGGGCAGGAAGUCAGAAGAUUACAAAGUUCUUUGGGAAUAGUGCCUAG